AUGAGUAAAACGGUUAGUCAAACGCCAAAACACAGAUACGGUCGUCAUCCACAUCACUUUUUCAAGAUACCCGUGACCGACGCAACCACUCAUGAGUCCAUGGACGAGGAAUGGCAAACCACGAAGACUGCUGUAGUACCAUCAACCGGUAAUGCGCAGACCGCCGUYACUAGGAUCACACUCAACAAGUGUGCGCUGAUAUUCAGAAGUCUGAAUGUAUCGCUGAUCUACAAAGUGUUAUCCUUAGCACAGUCAGCCCACAUCAUAAUGGCCUUGGCCGUCGUUUUGGUUACCGUGUCGAUGCUACCCAGUGACCUGGAGACAACGUCGAAUGCCAAUUUUAAUGGUGUAAAAGUGAAACCACGGUAUAUCGUACACUUUAUCUAUCUGGCAUCGUUUAGUAUGCAUUUAGGUUCUCAAUUUUGGAUGACAAUCGUUUCCGGACUGAGCUUGUAUUUCAACUUGUCCAGGCACGCUUUUGGCGAUGUCCAAAAGAUCCUAUUUCCAAAAUAUUUUUCGAUCAACAGUGUACUUAGCGCUAUCACCCUGGUACAGUUCGGAAAAAUACAUGUCACCACRAAUGUGUGGGACCAACAUACGUUUCCGCAGUUUUUCGCAUUGAGUACGUGCUUUCUGUUGGAACUGACGAUCAGACUGUACGUGGUGCCAACGGUGUUGAGACUUAUCGCCACUAAGACAGCCAUCGAGAAGUCAGUGGGCUUGGGCAAGGAAGUGGGCCGCUGCGAUCUGGGCCGACUAACUGAGUGCCCGCAUUACAUGAUCAUGCAUCGGAUUUUCCGAAAGAUACACAUGUUCAUGGCUAUUGGGAACAUAAUCACCAUCAUGUGCAGUAUUUUUCACUUGACGUACAUCGCGGCUUAA